AUGGCAUCAGCAUCACGACCAUGUGUCUUUAACGAGUGUAAGCGCCCGUCUCGAACUUUAUGUAUUUGUUGUCAACAGUAUUUGUGUCGUGAUCAUUUGAAAGAACACUAUGAUUUAAUUAAUUCUCAAUUGCCAUCAUUGGCUGACCAAAUCAAUGCACUCUCAGACCAAUUCAACAAUAGUGUUUUGCUAGAAUCAUCUGGUCUGACAAGGCUCCAACAAUGGCGUGAAGAUGCUCAUAGAACAGUGGAUCAAUUCUAUAAGACAAAAUAUCGACAAUUUGAACAAGUUACUCAAGAAAGAAAAGACAAACAAAGAAAAGAACUUGAUCGAAUGCGAAGUAAUAUAAACGAAUUAAUUCGAGAAGAAGAAGCAACACAAGAACAGAUUGAUUCGAUGACAAAAUCUAUUCGAUGUUUCGAGCAAGAUGUCAACAAUCUUCAACAUGUUCAAUUUCAUAUUAGUCCAUUGGUAAUUGAUGACAAUCUCAUUUUCAUUCCGCCAGAAACAACCGCACGAAAUCUUUUGUCUGUCUCACCUCUACAUCAAACAAUAGAAUCAACAUCGGAUAGAUUAACAAGCAAUGAUAAACAUCUACAAGGGCAUAAAAAACGCAACCAAUACUUUCCAGGUAAUCAAAAUACGGGUUUUUCAAACCAGUCAUUUGUUAGUUACAAUGAUGAAUCAUGUCUACAUUUUUUAAUAAAAACCGUCGCCCAAGUCAUCUAUCUAAUAACCUAG